GGCGUUUUACUCGUAAGUCAUGCUGCUUGGAUGAGAUGGGUUCCAGCCAACGUAAACUUGAUUGCUGUAGCGACAAGCAGUGUCACUUGCAUCUACAUUUCCCACAUAACGUUGGUGGCCAUGGCAACCGGAUGCGCAGCGGCGAGCUUGGCAGUUAUCGGUUGUUGUGGAGCGAUGUCGAACAGCAAGUACAUUCUAGGAAUGUUUUUCAUGUUUCUUGUCGUGUUGUUUGUUCUUCUGUUAACAUUGGUGGGGACGGGGGUCUGGAUUCGAACCCAGAUUACUGAAGCGUCAACGUACGAGUUGCAAUCUUCGUUUAUUCUCAGUUACUAUGGCGACGACGGUGACAACGUUGAAUCAGUUGCAUGGAAAUAUAUACAACGAGAUUUAAAAUGUUGCGGCGUAUCGACAGUUAACGGUGAUCAAGAUUAUAUUGGACUAGAUGGUGGGGUGAAGUUUAAAGGGGGUGAGGUUAAGGGUGCAAAAUUUUGGAGGAUCCAUCCAAGAACUAACUUCACAUCAGACCACCCUGCAUGGCCAGACAGUUGCUGUGUACAAGACGAGCAAAUGACGUACAAGAACUUGCAAUUAUGUCGUUACGAUUCAGAGGCAGGGGAAUAUCGAUAUACUGAGGGCUGCAGGGACAAAGUGUCGUCAUUCCUUGGCAACAAUUUCCUUCUUAUAUCAGCUAUGGCUGCAACACUUGCUAUUAUUGAGACGAUUCACUUCUGUGUGGUUCGCCAGUUAGAAGCAGCGAUGACGACACCGGACAAUGUUUCACGAAUCACCCAGUUCUCGUUUGAAGCGCCCAGUAGCUCAAGUCUUAAUCGGUUAACUUAACACAUCAACUUUAUUACAACUUUAUUGCGGUUCAAAAUAAAAUGUACCACUUAUUAUUAUCGUGCAACAAAACAAAAAAUGUGGUCAUUUAAAAAUAAUGUUUUUUUUAAGUUGUUUUUACACAAAUCUGCCAAAUUAUUGUAAACAAUUUGUAGUAUUUAUUAUUUCCGUGCAACAAACGGGAAAUUGAAGAAAGGAAAAUAAACUACGAACUCCUUCACAGUU